CAUAGAAUCUGACUCUACCUCUUGCAGUGUGUGUGUGUGUGAGCAAAUUCCCCAUAGACAGAUACAGGGCAUAUACAGUAACACAAACCCGGCCGGUGCCAAGAUGCCUGCAGACUUCAAUGGACAAUGGGUGAUGGUCACCAACGAGAACUUUGAGGAUAUCAUGAAGGCCAUUGAUAUUGACUUUGCAACCCGUAAGAURGCCGCCCACCUGACUCAGACCAAGGUGAUCGUCCAGAACGGAGACAAGUUUGAAACCAAGACCUUGAGCACCUUCAGGAACUACGAGGUCAACUUCACCGUCGGGGAGGAGUUUGAGGAGGUCACUAAGGGACUGGACAACAGGACGAUCCAGACACUGGUUACUUGGGAUGGAGAUACGUUGGUGGCUGUGCAGAAGGGAGAGAAGGCCAAUCGUGGCUGGAAGCAAUGGAUAGAAGGAGACCUGCUACACCUGGACAUCUAUGUUGAAGACAAAGUCUGCAAACAAGUAUUCAAGAAGAAACCCUAAAACCGUCUUUGUUGUAACAUUUAAAAAAAUAUAUAUAUUAAUUCACCUUUAUUUAACCAGGUAGGCCAGUUGAGAUCAAGUUCUCAUUUACAACUGCGACCUGGUCAAGAUAAAGCAAAGCAGUGCGUCAAAUACAACAACACAGAGUUACACAUAAACAAACAUAUAGUCAAUAACACAAUAGAAAAAUGUUUGUACAGUGUGUGCAAAUGUAGAAGAUUAGMGAGGUAAGGCAAUAAAUAGGCCAUAGAGGUGAAAAAAUGACAAUUUAUCAGUAACACUGGAGUGAWAGAUGUGCAGAGGAUGAUGUAUAAGUAGAGAUACUGGGCUGCAAAAGAGCCAGAAGAACAUUACAUACAUGUGUUCCUGCCUGCAUAAUUGUCUUWUGUAUUUAUGAUGUGAUUGUACAUACAUUUAAUAAAUACUUAAUUCAACCCAA